GGCACCGGCCCCGGCACCGGCACCGGCACCGGCGGGGAGCGCGGCGCGAUGCCCAUUCGCUGCCAGCAGAGCCCGGUGCUGGCGGGCAGCGCCGCUUUGGCGGCCAUGGGGGCUCUGUUCCUGUACCUGGCCAAGCCCUCGGGCUACGGGAAGUACUCGGAGGGCCUGACGCCCGCCGCCCCCCGCCUGCCCGCGCGCGCCGCCUGGUUCCUGCAGGAGCUGCCCUCCUUCGUGGUGCCCGCGGGGAUCCUCGCCCGGCAGCCGCGCGCUCUCCUCGGCCAGCCUGCGACGGUGCUCCUGGGCCUCUUCUGCGCGCAUUACUUCCACAGGACAUUUAUUUACUCAUUGCUCACUAGAGGGAGGCCUUUUCCAGUUGUAUUCCUGGUCAGAGGAUUUAUCUUCUGUGCGGGAAAUGGACUUCUCCAAGGCUACUAUCUGAUUUACUGUGCUGAGUACCCUGCUGAGUGGUACAUGGACGUACGGUUUAGCCUGGGUAUCUUCUUAUUUAUUUUGGGAAUGGGAAUCAACAUUCAUAGUGACUAUAUAUUGCGCCAGCUCAGGAAGCCUGGAGAAGUCAUCUACAGGAUUCCACAAGGUGGCUUGUUUACAUAUGUUUCUGGAGCCAAUUUCCUUGGUGAGAUCAUUGAAUGGAUCGGCUAUGCCCUGGCUACUUGGUCCCUCCCAGCACUUGCAUUUGCGUUUUUCUCACUUUGCUUCCUGGGUCUGCGAGCUUUUCACCACCAUAGGUUCUACCUCAAGAUGUUUGAGGACUACCCCAAAUCUCGGAAGGCCCUCAUUCCAUUUCUCUUUUAAAGAAACCAGAUAAAAAAGGAGCAAAGCUCCCACACGACUGUUGAACACCAUCAAGCUGCUGAACCUGUAACUUUUAAAGCUCCACCGUGUAUAUGUAACUGGAGACCACUUGUGUUUUGACAGCUGGCCUGGAGAUGCUGUGAGGCAGCUACUUAUUUUGUACUCUACUCUCCCAGAGUCUCUCUCCUGAUCUCCUGUUGAAGCUUCCACAAGGCUCUUCUCCAUACAGAGGCAUCUGUCUGCAACCUAUCUAUUCCUUCUAGAAAGUGCAGAAAUUCCCUAUAUAUUUUCUUCUUUGGGUGAUCAGUGUCUGACAGCUCUGCAGUUGGGAAAGUUUUCAGUCGAGGGCAGUGCUUAGAGAAUUUAUUAAAGGUACUCUUUUUACUUAGGUCCAUACAAAUCAGCAGAUCUUCAGAAAUUCUGAAGCUGCAUGGACCCCGAGUAAGUCUACUCCUUAAAACCCAGUCACACUUUUCUUUUCCUCUGUUAAUUAUGAAAGAUAUGAGAUGAUCAAGUGGACUUUUAAUAGAGGAGCCCUCUCUUCAUAUUACCGAAGUCACAAGGAGGCAUUAACCCAUUUCAUAUUUGUGCACUGUCUCAGCUCCUCUGGCUUCCUGAAAGUUCCAGAAUCCCUGUCAGAUAUCCCAGAAAACUGGUGUGGGGUUUACUGAAGGUUGGGUUUUCAUGACCACAAAGAGAAAGACAUGACUCUGGUUGGCUACUGAGAGAGUAGAAAAGUGUUUUACAGUAGACGCUGCCCACUCUGAUAUUCUCAGAAACCUGUGGAAAUAGCCAAAUAACGAGAGAGUAUCAAAGGGAAACGACUGAGCAAGAUCAUAAGUUGCUCGCCUGGACAUGACAUUUACAAUGACACUGAAGCAUUUCUGGAAGUGCUUGGCAACUUUUCUGGAAUUUCUUCGUGGCGGUCCUCGGGAUCUACUCAGAAAGACACUUCCUAGGGGCAACCUGAACAUCAGUCCUCCAAGUUCCUGAGGGCACAGGCUGAAAGCUGCCACCAGAGGUGUGGGCUGAGCAGAAAACCUGUUUUGUUUGCUCAGACAGGGAUUCACACAUAGUUUGACUUUCUUUUCUUUCUUUCUUUCUUUCUUUCACAUUGGAUGUUUCCAAAAUUUCAAAAUUAGGUCUCUACAUUCCAGUUUCCUUGCAACAGUAGGAGGCUGUGGGCCCACAGAGCCUGCUAAGAAUGGGGACUGAUCAGCGAGUAUGCAUUAGAAUUUGCAGCCUCGGUGGAAGGGUCACCCUAGUGUGGAUGCUUAGACACUGGGCUGAGGGAGGGGCUGAAUACUCAUAAUUAGAAUGUAGGAAAAUAAUCGUUUCCUCUGGUCCAGGUUUGUGGCAAGCCUUAGGAAUAUUUAGCAAGCCCUUUUGAGAAAUGAACAUCAAUUUUAUCAGGUGAGGUGCUAAGUAGAGGAAUUUACUGUAUAAGAAAUAGUAGAGUAGAAAGGUCCAAGGAUGAUGUAUAUUACUGAAAAAUACAAAUUGUAAUCAUAUAAAUGUUUUUAUGUUUAUUAAAUGCCUCUCAAAUCAUGGAUGUUAAGUAAUUUUGUUUGAAUUAAAAGAUUCCUGGGCU